CGCAACCAUCGGAUCCUGAAUUUCUGAUGCCAGCGGAAAUUCGGAAGGCCGUGUCAGGUUGCAAAAUCUUAUCUGAUGGAAUAUAUCUGAUCAGAUAUCUCCUGUCCUUCUCGUUCGCUCGAUCCAAGGUUGAAUGACAGCGCAAAAAUGAGGGUCGACCACAAGCAGGGUGUAGAUACCCAAGAGUCGUCCGUCUCAUCGGAAAAGAUCAUCGAUGACUCGCAGUCAGAUGUCUUGCGAGCAGCAGGAAUUGGCAUCCAAGAGGAUGACCCGACGGAGCCUGUCCUUACGCUGCGCAUGUGGCUUCUAGGUAUUGCGUUCUGUCUCGUCGCCAGUGGUCUGAACACGUUGUACACGCUUCGAGUUCCCUCGAUCACGAUCUCGUCUUCUGUCGUCCUCCUGCUCGCUUAUCCUCUUGGUAGACUAUGGGAGAAGGCCAUUCCUAGCUGGAUUGUUCCUUUGGGACGUUGGAGUUUCAACCUAAAUCCUGGCAAGUUCAAUCAAAAGGAACACAUCCUGAUCUACAUCAUGUCCAACCUCAGCAUCUACGUCCGUCUCGGUGCCGACGUCUUAACCGAGCAAGAGAUGUUUUACGGACUCAAGACCGGGUGGGGGUUCAAGAUUUUGAUCACAAUGGGGACGUUUCUCACGGGCUUUUGUCUUGCGGGUCUCUUCCGUUCGGUCGUCGUCAAUCCUCCGGAGCUCAUCUGGCCCGGAGUCCUAGGUACAACUUCGUUGGCAACGACCCUUCACCACAUCGGCCGGGGCGACCAAUUCACAAGUACGUGGAAGAUCUCGCGGUACGCCUUUUUCAGCAUCGUAUUCUGCAUCUCGUUCUGCUGGUACUGGUUCCCAGAUUUCAUCUUCCCGGCUCUAAGCUACUUCACCUUCCCUUGCUGGAUUAAUCCGAAGAGCAAGGUUGUAAACCAACUGUUCGGAAUGAAAACCGGCAUGGGGUUGUUGCCUUUGACGUUUGAUUGGAGUCAAAUCUCGUACGUUGGCUCGCCUUUGUUGAUUCCGUCCUGGGCCAUUGUAAACGUCUUUCUUGCUUUGGUAUUUUGGAUUUGGAUUGUGGCGGUGGCCUGUUACUAUACCAACGUCUGGUAUUCUGGGUACCUGCCGUUCCAAAGCUCGUCCAUUUACGACAACACUGGAGGAACGUACAAAGUAGCCAAGGUCGUCAGCGCAGCUACGAAUUACAAACUGGAUGUGGAGAAAUACAAAGCUUACUCCCCGGUCUACAUGCCUAUUGUCUACUCAUUAAACAUGUUCGGUCUGUCUUUUGCAACUCUGAGCUCGCUGCUCGUCUGGGUGAUCCUCGAGAAACGCCAUGUCUUGGCCUCCGCAGCACGCAGCAUUCCCAAACUUUUAACUCAGUCAUGGAAACGCGAUUCAUCCGAAAAGACAGAUAGUGUCGAUGUGCCCAUGUGGUGGUAUCUGAUUGCUUGCGUUUUUGCCUUGUUCAUGACCAUCUUCGCUGUCGAGUGGUGGGAAACUGAGCUACGAUGGUAUGGUGUUCUUCUGGCUUGGGCUGUCGCCCUGGUAUUUUUCGGUCCACUCGCCCUGGUCUACGGCUCCUCGAGUCUCAAGAUCAACAUCGAUAUUUUCUGCCGUAUCAUUGCAGGAUUCGUGUUUGAGGGUAAAGUCCUUGCCAAUAUCUGGUUUUUCGAUGUCGGCUACAUUGCCACCAUCAAGGGAUUAUGGUUUGCCGAGGACAUGAAACUAGCCCAUUACUGCAACAUUCCCCCUCGCAGUCUGUUCCUCGUCCAAUGUGUCGGCAUGGUUGCCGGAACACUCAGCUCCGCCAGCGUGCUGACCUGGGCACUCGGACAUAUCGAAGGUGUCUGCACUUCUGACGCCGUCAACAACUUCUCCUGCCCCUUCUCCCGCACCCACUUCAACACCAGCCUAAUCUGGGGCGCUAUAGGCCCUCGCCGCUACUUCACCAGCCAAGUGGGCUACUCCGCUCUACUGUACUUUUUCAUCUUCGGCGCCGUCCUCCCCAUUCCCGUCUACCUGCUCAAGCGCCGGUAUCCCAACUCUCUCUGGCGUCGCGUGCACAUCCCGCUGUUCCUUGGCGGACUGAACUAUCUCCCUCCUGCUACUGGAACGAGCUACGGCAGUUGGGCGCUCGUGGGGUUAGCCUUUGGAUGGGGAUUGAGAAGGAAGGUGUACGGGUGGUGGUUCAAGUAUAACUUCGUGCUAAGCGCAGCGUUGGACUCGUCGGUUUCAAUCGCCGGAGUGGUGAUCUUCUUCGCGAUCUUUUACAGCGGGGCGUCCAAGGGGUUUAGUUGGUGGGGAACGGAGGUUCAUAAGAAUACCUGUGACUGGGAUGGAUGUGCGCAUUUGGACAUUCCCGAGGGAGGAAAGUUCGGUGUGUAG